CGCUAAACCCGACCGCUUUUUUCUUUCCAAAAUCCACUCGAGUCUGAAGUCGGAAGCUGUGUCAAGUCUGAGCCCGGUACCUCGCUCUACUGCAAAUCAAAGGAGAGGGAAGGGGCAAUAAACAAAAAGAAACAAAUGGAUGAAAAAAUGAUCUUCUAAAAUCAGAGAAGAAGAAAGUAGAGAAAGAAAAUGAGCAUCGUGGCGAAGGAGACGAUCGAGGUGAUUGCUCAAAGCAUAGGCAUAAAUAAUUUGUCAGCCGAUGCUGCGCUUUCUCUUGCUCCCGAUGUCGAAUAUCGCAUGCGCGAGAUUAUGCAGGAGGCAAUUAAAUGUAUGCGUCACUCAAGGAGAACUACAAUGACUACAGAUGAUGUUGAUUGUGCACUCAAUUUAAGAAACGUUGAGCCAGUGUAUGGCUUUGCAUCUGGAGGUCCUUUGCAGUUCAAAAGGGCUGUUGGGCAUAGGGAUUUGUUUUACAUUGAUGAUAAGGAUAUGGAAUUGAAAGAUGUUAUUGAAGCUCCUUUACCAAAAGCACCUCUUGACACUGCAGUUGUUUGCCACUGGCUUGCUAUCGAAGGAGUUCAACCUGCUAUUCCAGAAAAUAUUCCUGUGGGAGUAAUUGCUGCUUCUUCUGUUGGCAAGACUAAUGAACAAAAGGAUGAACUUCCGGUUGACAUUAAAUUACCUGUUAAGCAUGUACUAUCUAGGGAGCUUCAGCUCUACUUCGAUAAAAUCACGGAGCUUACUGUCAGAAAGUCUGAUUCAGCCCUUUUUAAAGAAGCAUUAGUGAGUUUGGCUACAGAUUCAGGACUUCAUCCACUAGUUCCUUAUUUUACUUACUUCAUAGCUGAUGAGGUUUCUCGUGGUUUGAAUGAUUAUUCUCUUCUUUUUGCCUUGAUGCGUGUUGUUUGGAGUCUUCUCCAGAAUCCUCACAUACACAUAGAACCUUAUCUGCACCAGUUGAUGCCAUCUGUAGUGACCUGCCUUGUUUCAAAAAAGUUAGGGAACAGGAUUGCUGACAACCACUGGGAACUUAGAGAUUUUACAGCAAAGUUAGUUGCUUCAAUAUGCAAAAGAUUUGGGCAUGUUUAUAAUACCCUUCAGACGCGUCUUACCAAAACUUUGCUCAGUGCACUUCUGGACCCAAAACGGGCAUUGACUCAGCACUAUGGCGCAAUUCAAGGGUUGGCAGCCCUAGGACCCAAUGUGGUUCGCCUUCUUAUUCUACCAAAUCUUGAGCCAUAUCUUCAACUCCUUGAACCAGAGUUGCUACUAGAGAAGCAAAAGAAUGAGGUGAAGAGACAUGAAGCUUGGCGUGUGUAUGGGGCCUUACUGCGUGCAGCAGGUCAAUGCAUAUAUGAUCGCCUCAAGAUCUUUCCACCUUUGCCAUCACCUCCAGGCCAUGCUGUCUGGAAGUCCAGAGAAAAAAUUGUCACUGCAGUGCCAAAUAAACGAAAAGCAAGCAUGGAGCCCUUGGAACAUGAACCAGCCUUGAAGAAAAUAGCAACAGAUGGCCCAAUUGGCAUGGCUUCAGCCAAAUCCUCACCAACUUCCGUGCAAGGGGAAACAGCUGCUCCACAUCCAUCAGGUGACCUUGAUGUGGACCAGCCAUCGACUUCUGAAAAGAUGCCUAAUGAUGAAAGAUCAGGCAAUAGAGUUGGAAAAGAUAGUAAAGUCUUGAAGAAGUCAGCCAUACUUGAUCAAAUUUGGAAGGAUGACUUGAAUUCUGGACGUACAUUGGUAUCAUUGUUUGAGCUGUUUGGAGAAGGCAUUCUCUACUUCAUUCCAGCUCCUGAGAUGUCUCUGUUUUUGUAGCAUGUUGUAGAAUAGCAGAUUUUUAUUGUUGUUGGUGUAGGAAUAUCAUCACUACCAUAAUUGAGAUCAUUGUUAUAGUUC